AAAAAGAAAGCAGGACGUUCAAGACGUUCAAUCUACUUUUUCAAAUCUCAGUUCUGUUAUACUAUUCCAGUUACCUCCUUGGACUCGGAAACCACUCCAUCGUCUCUGUACUGUUCACAGAGACGGCGGUGUACCCUAUUCUGCAACGCCGCCUUGUUCUUGCACUGCGAUACCUACUCUACCUCGUUACGCGUACUCCACCGUCUAAUGGAGGGGAUCAUAUGACUACGUUGGCGUUGUGACGUUCUAGCGAUCGUCUUCGUAUGAAAGGGAAUACUUCAUGGAUGUCUGAUCUUGACUUUGUCCUCUCCAGAUCGCCGGGCCCCGCGGGUCCACCUCUUCGGUUGCCUUCCAUAGAUGAUUUGACCGAGGGGGUCAUCAAACAACUAAUCAAAACAUUGAGCUCGAACAUCUGUAAAAGCUUACAGCAGGAUGUUGACACUUUCUCUCGACUGUCCCUCAUUCGGAACCGCCUGGAACCUGUGGAUCCGAAAAAGGUCGAAGACGUGCCUACUUUCCACAUCCUCUAUCUUCGCCAUUACUUGACGAGAAUUCCUAACUAUAAACAUCGCAUCUCUCUCAUGCGACUGUUGUUGGGUGCCUGCGUACCGUGCAUCUUUAAGGCGUCUCCGGCGCGUACGCCAAAGCCAUCCGAUGAUUGGAGUUCAUAUUGUUGUCGCGCUUGUGAUGCUCACUACGAAACUCCUGAGCAUGUUAUGUUGGCCUGCCCUGCAGACCUCGAAUUAUUAGCGAUACGUGAACAGUUUAUGGCGUCUUUGCCUUCACGCCAACGCUACAACGUACCGGUACAAGAUAAUGAGGCUUUCCAAGUCUUGAAGAAUUGCAUUUAUUCAUGGGACUUGGUGGUUGCAACUGCGAGAUUUGUUCACCAAGCGAUGGUUUUGUGGCAGCGAAAGGUGCUAGAAGGCUUUCGGUGCUUUGAUAGUGCGGAGGAAGAUCUGAACAGCGACGGCGACAGCGAAUUCAACGUCAGCGCAUCCGGAUCAGAUUUCGGUGAUGAAGAAUUUGGCAACGAUGAAAGUAUUACUGCUAUACUACACUAGUCUACUUGUCCUUCUAAAUUUCGAUGUGCUGUAAUAAGUGGCUGCUGGUCGCCC